CGAUUUCAGACACACACGCAAGUUGUUGUAGUGCUUUUUACGGCUAUUUUGUUUUUUUGGAAAUGUCCCACCACAGCGAUGAUCAGCUUCUGCAGGCUGGAAGUGAUUCCUUCUGGGAGCCUGGCAAUUAUAAACGAACCACCAAACGCAUCGAAGAUAGCUACAAACUCUGCAAUGACCUACAGCAACUGAUACAGGAGCGCGCCGAUAUUGAGAAGGGAUAUGCAAAAAGUUUGCGCACCUGGUCUAAGAAAUGGGGUGAACUCAUUGAGAAAGGGCCCGAAUAUGGCACCACAGAGGCGGCAUGGAAGGGUGUAUUAACUGAAUCUGAACGAUUAUCCGAUGUACAUAUGAAGAUCAAGGAUAAUCUGUGCAAUGAUGUCAAUAGUCAGAUAAAGACGUGGCAAAAGGAUAACUAUCAUCACACGCUGAUGCAGAUCAAGGAGCGCAAGGAUAUGGAGGAUCUGUUCAAGAAGGCGCAGAAACCGUGGGCCAAACUCUUGGCCAAAGUGGAGAAGGCCAAAGCCGAUUAUCAUUCAGCAUGCAAAACGGAGCGCAGCGCCACCAAUCAAGAGCGCAACGCCAAUGCGGACAGCUCACUGUCACCCGAUCAGGUGAAGAAGAUGCACGAUCGCGUGCAAAAGACCAAAGAUCAAGUGCAAAAGUGCCGCGAGAAAUAUGAGCAGGCCAUUAGUGAAAUAACCAAAUAUAAUUCCGUUUACAUCGAGGAUAUGACAUCCGUCUUUGAGAAGUGCCAAACCAUGGAGAAGACACGACUGCAGUUCUUCAAGGAAGUGCUAUUCAAUGUGCACUCGUCUCUCGAUCCGACCAAAGUGCAAAGCCUGCCCCAGAUCUAUGAGGAAUUCUAUCAUACAAUUAACAAUGCGGACCAACAAAAGGACUUGAAAUGGUGGUCAAAUAAUCAUGGCAUUAACAUGGCCAUGAACUGGCCGGCAUUUGUGGAAUACACGGAGGAGUUCCGUGACAUAGCCAAGGGCAACAAAUCAAAAGAGGCGCUGCCCGCCGCACCCAUAACUCUCAUCAAUCAGCGGCCCGUCGCAGAGGAUGUGCACGAAUACCCCACAACAAAUAGUCUAAAGAAGAACGCGAGCGUCAAUAGUAAAGCGAGCGGACGAAGCAGCAGCCAGCAGGAACAACAACAACAAGUAACACAAACCUCUGCCACAACAGUCGAAACCAAAUCAACGGUGUCGACAACAUCCGCUGCCGCAGCCGGUGCCGGUGCUGCGACAACAGCCGCCGCAGCAGCAGCGACGGCAGCAGCAGCAUCUAAUCGUAACGCGAGCGUAACCAAUGGCAACGGCAAAGUGGACGCCAAUCCAUUCGACGAGGAGGAGGAAUGGGAUGAGGCCGACAAUGUGCUGGUGGACAACGGGGAGCCGGGUGUACCCGUGAAGGCCUUAUAUGACUAUGACGGCGCUGAAAGCGACGAGCUCACGUUCAAGCAAGGUGAAGUCUUUGAGAAACUGGAGGAUGAGGAUGAGCAGGGUUGGUGCAAGGGACGCAUGAACGGACGUGUCGGCCUCUAUCCGGCGAAUUAUGUUGAAAUCUUUCACUCAUAAAGUGGACGGGAUGAAAAAUGGGGGCGAAUUGCGAAUUUUUGCGAGGCGAUUAGAAGUAGUAGUGGUUGAUUGAACUAAUGUCAUGUCACACAGGCAUUUGAAAGCAUAUAUAUACAUAUUUAUAUAUAGAAGAGAUUCAGAGAUAUAAUGUACUACAGUAAACAUAGUCGUUGGAUGAGAACUAUUAUCGUAUGUAUUAGAAUUUGUUAUGAGCAAUUUUUGCCAAACACCAUUAUGGUGUGUGUCUGGCAUCAACUUAUGUAUUAGGCAUUGAAUUUGUAUUUGUAUUCAACAAAAAUGGCAGCCCAACCUAACGUAAAAAAAAAAGAAAAAAAAAGAAAAAGGAAAACAACUCACCCACAGUAGAAUUGAAAGAAAAUGUCGUAGAAGAAACCGGAAGAAGAAAACAAACAAGAAACCGAAUACAGAGUACAGAAUACAGAUAUAACAUAGAUAAAAACGGAAAAGCGUCAAACAGAACAACAUGUGUAAAACGUCAAAUGUAUGAAAUAAUAUUACAAACAUUAUUACAUAUUGUAUUAUGCUAUAGCCACAACUGAAAUGAAAAUGAUAUAAUAUGCUUUUUUAUAUUGGAGUGUGCGCGCAUUUUUUACUGGUCUCAUCUUGGCUUGUUGUUGUUCAACUUUUUGGUCACGGCACAGUCAAGACCGGCCUGUGCACACUCUUUAAAAAGCAUAUUGCAACAAUAAUAAUAUGUGCGUAGUAUUUGUAAUGCGUUUCAUGAACAUUUUUUUAUUAUUUAUGAAGUUUUGUGUAUACUUGUGUUAUAAAAAGUAUACGUAUAUUAUUGUAUAUGUACAUUUUUAAAUGACUUAAAUUAUUGAAAUAAA